AUGAAUGAUCAAGCGAAGCAUCGCGGCAGAGAGCUGAAAGGGCUGGUGGCGGUGACUGCGGCGCGGGGGGCGCUGGACGUGAAGGCGCUGUGGGCGCGGGUGGUGGCGCUGGUGCGAGCCCACCCGUACGUGGCUGGGGCGACCACGCUUGUUGCCUUGGCCGGGGCGUGGGCCGUCUACGAGGCGUACUUCGCCGGUCCUGCCCGGCGCAAGCGGCGGGAGCAGGAGCAGCGUCGAGCCCGCGUCCACGCUGACUCCCCCUUCGCCUUGGGAUUCAAGAAUUGCCCCGAGACGGUGGAGGCGAUAGAGCUGGCAGUAGAGGGCGAGAUCCCGCAAUGGCUCGCGGGCAAGCUGUUCAGGUCGGGUCCCGGCACGCUCGAGGUGGACACGGAGCUGGGCUUCACCUACCUCGUCAACCACUGGUUCGACGGCCUCACUAUGAUGCACGGGUUCGAGAUCAAGGAGGGCCGCGUGCUCUACGCCAACCAGAAGGCCGCGCGCGAGCUGGAGAACUACAUCGCUCGCCAUGGCGGCGACUUCAUCACGUUUGGCCCCGAUCCGUGCAAGUCGACGUUCGACAAGCUCUCGUCCAUCUUCUCGAUGUACCUCCCCGCGGAUCCGCAAACGGGAGGCGAUGCUAUCAAUAUCGGCGUUACCAUCAAGCGAAUCCAGGGCCAACUCUACAACCAAACGGACGCCAACAUGUUGAUGCCGUUCGACCCACAGACCUUGAAAACCUCGGGCAAGAGGGCAACUUUCGAGCAAUUCGACAAGCGGCUGAAGGGACCCUUCUCGAGUGCGCACGGCCAAUACGACGCCACACGCAAGGAAUACAUCAACUACGUGUGCGACAUCGGGGUUGGAGCUACGUACACCAUCUUUGCCAUUCCCGAUGAGGCCGAAGCACGCGUGCUGUGCACCUUCAAGGCGCCCAACAUUUCGUACAUGCACUCGUUUGCUCUCACGGAGAACUACUUCGUGCUGCAGGCGUGGCCCCUGUACAUCAGUGCUCCCAAGCUUCUUUGGCACAAGGCGGUCCUCGAGGCCAUGAGCUGGCACGGAGAAGACAACGCCAGGUUUUACGUGGUGGACCGCAACACGGGCGAGCUGGUUCACGCCUAUGAAACUCCAGCAGCCUUCUGCUUCCACAACAUCAACGCUUGGGAAGAAGAUGAUGGCAACAAGAUCGUGAUGGACCUGACGCUGUACGAUGACAGUUCCCUCAUCAACGACCUGCUGAUCGACCGCAUCCUCUCGGCAUCGCCCAAAUACGAACGCGGCGCGCUGGUGCGAUUCACGCUGAAGAACGUCCUCCGACCCACGCAGCCGCGCAAGGUCAAGAAGCAGGUCGUCUACGCCAACACCGUCGAGCUGCCGCGGAUCAACGUCAACUGGCACAUGAAGCCCUACACCUAUGUCUACGGCAUGUCCAUGUCCGAGACCGACACGUCGUUCCUCGAGCGCAUCAUCAAGUUCAACGUGCGGACGGGCGAGAAGUUGGUGUGGAUGGCUGAGGGCCUCUACCCCGCCGAGCCCAUCUUCAUCGCCGCGCCCGGUGCCACCGACGAGGACGACGGCGUUCUCCUCAGUAUUGUGUUGAGCGGGGCGACGGCCAAGAGCUUCCUGCUUGUGCUGGACGCCAAGGACCUGAGCGAGCUGGCGCGGGCGCAGUUGCCCCACCACAUCCCCUUUGGCUUCCACGGCAACUUCUUCGGCACAGAAGAAGACACCAACGACACCAACCACCAGGAGGCCUCCGAAGUGGCCUGA